AAGUGAAGACCAUCAACUAACACAACCGUGUUCAUCACAUCCCUAUUGGCACAUUACCAUAACGCGAUUGACUGAUUACAGUAAGGAUCAUUUAAUCGUACAUCUGGAACUGGAGACCUUGUACGACGUGUUAGCCAGGGCUACUGGGGCCAAGCGGCCGUUCCUCGUAGGAUGGACUCACCUGCCUGGCAGGAUUACAAUCACUGUUGAAGCCGCCCACCUGAGUGAAAGGCCCGUCCGUACCUUUCGCAUUCUCAUCCUCCGAUUUGGCAGUGAUACCGAUCGCUAAAAACUAUAUGUGUACAGUGUCUGGUUCAACAUGCAGUUUAAAAGUUGAUCAUAAGGGCAGGGGAGUCAUAAGGCGAGAAUGGAUGACAACAUGGGAGAUGGGAGUGAAUCAGAUAUCAACAAGUGCAAUGAGCAGUCUGAAAUUACUUCACGCAACAAAGGUGAGACCACAAACGACAGAGGCAACGCAGAUGUCGCCAUCGCCAUUCCCAUUGACGAUACGGCAGGUGUGACAAGUGUCGACGAGUCACGUACAAAUCCCGUUCCGAAUUUAAACAACGAAACUGAUACAAGUGCCAACACCUGUCUCUCUUCGAGAGUGAAUAAUAAAAGGAAAAAUUCGUGUGCCAGUCAUGAAGUUAGUGCAAACAGAGUUAUCGAUGAGGACGCGAGUUUGGUUACAGAUGGGUGCAUAGGCAAUGGGCAUGGACAUUUCGACGAGCGUUCCGACGUUAUUUUCCUUGAAAGUGGCGAGGUAAUAUCAGACAGAACAGCUGAAGCAGUGAACAGUAUCGUUGUAAGUAACGCGACAGAAUUAACUAGUAUCAGUGAGUUAAGCAUAAACGAUGAAAAUCUGCCUUACUUUAUCAACAACCAAGAAAGUCCUAGAAAAACAAACCUUAGUAACAGCUCAGAGUCACUGACCGACCGUAGGCUAAACAAUGAGAAUUUAGUUAGAAACAGUGCUCUCCAUGACGGCCAAUCACACAAAAAUGCCGAAGAUAUAAGUUCAGAAAGUCUAAACUUUGUAAAUAACGAAGCCAAUUCGGUUAGAGGCGACAUCAACAAAAACAUCACAAAUAGAAGCAAAGAUCGCGAAGGCUCGCCAGAUUUGAACCUCAUCAUCAGCGCAGAUCUUCCUUCCAACCAGAGCUUGAGCCGCAGCAGUUCUGUUAAAUGCAACGCCCUCCAUGACAGUCAAACAAACGAAGGUCUAGGAAACGCCGAGAGUGUCACUCACUCACGUCCAGUGGCUGGCCGCAACUUGAGUGAUGGCAGGUCGAUAAACGCCACCAUCCUCCAAGGGAACCAGUCAAGCAGACACAUGAACGUUGAUGGCUCUGGGAACCCAAGCCAUACAAAUGGCACAGUUCCUUCGGCUAACAUUCCCGACAGUGCUUUACGGGCUCGUAAUUUGACGCCAGUCAAUUUGAACAGACGAGAGAGGAAGAGAAAAUGGCUCUUUAUAAAGUACUGGGCAUUGAGGGACAAAGUGGUGAUGCUGCUGCAGUCCCUCGUGGGACCGUCCUCCGGAAGACAGCAAUGGAAAAGGCCUCUAGAUAGCAACAUGAACCUGGCGGCUUAUGCAGUUGGACUCGCCAAUAUACUGCGGUUUCCUUACUUGAUGAUCAAACAUGGCGGAGCAACUUUCCUCAUCUCUUACGGCGUUAGUCUGGUGGUGAUCGGCUUUCCUUUGUAUAUGGUGGAUAUCUCUCUCGCCCAGUACCUGAGCCUUGGGCCUACGAGCGUCUAUUCCUCCUUGGCCCCUAUGUUCUCAGGUCUAGGCUGGGCAAUGAUAGCAACUGCGUUUUUCGUCAGCAUUUAUUAUAGCGUUGUCCUGUCUUGGAUCCUUGUGUACUUAUACCAGUCCUUCGCAAAGGUCUUGCCUUGGAAUAACUGCAACUCCAAAAGAGAAGAGUGUGGCCAGCCCUUCGUAAACAACACUAUUGCGGCAGCUGAGGAGUUUUUUCACUUUGGCGUGCUGCAGGAGAGCCAAGAGGGACAGGAUGCAGACGGUGCCCGUCUACGUUCUCAGCUAGUUGUGUGUCUAGGUUGUGCAUGGCUGGCGGUUGUAGUGUCUCUCAUCAGAAGAAAUCCUGGGAAUGCUAACUAUGUUACCAACGCCAUUCCUUAUGCUGUUCUGCUAUUGCUUUUGAUAUGGAGUUGUGCCGGUAAGGGCAGUGAAGCCUGCAAGACGGCCUUCCAGUCGUUUCUAUAUACAAAUCAGACUCAGAAUCAUGGCGCUAAGUCUACACUGUUGGAAGCUGGCGUUUGGAUUGACGCUGCGUCCCAGAUGCUCUUCUCUUUGGGUCAUGCUCUGGGAGGCCACGCCACCCUCGCUUCAUACAACAACUUGCAUCAGAAUACACUCUGGACUUCAAUCGUCGUCGUACUGUGGGACACGGCAACGUCAGUCCUGUGCAGCUGUAUUGUGUACACCUCCAUGUGCCAAGCCGUUCACGAGUGUUACCCUUCCGUUCACGCCUGGGAGGUCGCGUUUAUUGCUUACUCGGUCCUCAUGGUCAAGGUGGAUGUCCACGUGUGGCCAAUCCUGUUUUUUCUUGUGCUCUUCACUUUAGGAAUUGGCAGUCUGAUAGGAUUUGUGGAAACCAUUACAACGGCUUUGUUCAACAAAUUCAGUUACCUCCAGUCCAGAUACUUUCCGUGCAUUGUCAUGAGCUGCUUCCUGCUGUUCGUCUUGGGUCUGCCAAUGUGUUCCUCCAAGGGGAUCUAUCAGGUGGAACUCAUCCACAUGUACACAUGCAAAGUUUCCAUUCUAGUUCUGGGACUCCUACAAGUUAUACUAGUUGGUUACAUCUUCGGGUUCCAAAAGUUUAUGAAACUCGUGCGAGAAGAAUUGAAAGUUUCCGUUCCUGUUGUUGUGGAAUGGUACCUGGCAAUUUCCCUUAAGCUACUUGUUCCAGCGGCCUUCUCCGGGCUUUUAUUGGUGACAUUAUUAUACGACGAUUACAUUAGCACCAAGGACAAAGAGGAUUCUGAAACAUACACUCAUUUCGGGCUGAUACUUCCAAUAACGUCUUGCCUCUUUGUUCCCGGUUUCGCCGUUUACGAACUUUACAAGAACAAAGACAGAAAUUGGCAAGAACUUCUGAAGCCUACUCCCGAGUUCCGCCCUGCUCAUCAGAGGCAGGAGGACGCCAGCAGCUUUAUUUUGAACGAAGGCUCCGAGUAUUCGAUCUCAAGUUCCGUCCACGCCGCUGGAGGUCUCAACCCUUACAUCACAAUUUCGUCGAUCACCGAAAUGUUUAGGUGGUCACGUAACUGGUUAGUGGACAACGGGACGGGUGCUGAUCGGGCAGCUGCCCAAGGACCGCAGACUCUACAGAUUAAUAGGAUCUUAGACAAUGACCUGUAAGACAUUCAACUUCUAAGAGUUCUGGUAUCAAUUUUCCCAGCUUGUUUAAAGUCAGAAAGAGCACUAUAGUAGAUUCACAUCAACCGUGCAUUUGAUGUCUAGGCCAGUCCCUUACGACGCUCCUCAUUGGCUGUUGAUAAGCCAAUCACAGGGCUGGAAACUCUCAGUCUCUCUCGAGAGUUCAAAUGGGCAGGAUGUACGUUCCACCUCUCCUGGGGGAUAAGUCUUUCAAAAGUAUCCCUCAGGAGAGGUGGAACAUACAUCCUGCCUAUGUGAACUCACGAGAGAGACAGAGUUUCCAGCACUGUGAUUGGCUUAUCAACAGCCAAUCAGGAGUGUCGUAAGGGACGGCCCUAGACAUCAAAUGCACGGCAGAUAUGAAUCUACUAUAGUAAGCUGCAGAAUUUACGAGAAUUCAAAUUCAAAUUCAAAUUCAAAAAGUUUAUUGAUAUACAUCAAAUGGAGUGUAGCAGCAUGCUGCUAUACUCACCUACAAAAUUCAAAAGAUUCCAGUCAAAAAUAAUAAUAAAUACGUAAAUAAAAAUAAAAAACAGUAAUGAAAAGCAAAUAUUUUACAUGAGAAGAAUUUUAACUCAUUUUAUACAAAAGCAAAUGCCAAGCUAUAAUGCAAAUUUUAUACAAAUCAAAUGUUGAUAUACUAAAGCAAAUUUACAAUAGGCAAAAGCCAUACAAAACAAAUAUAACAAGUAAAUGUUAUAUAAAAAGAAAAAUGUUAAGAAAGGGUACAAAAAAUCAAGUUAUACAAAAUCAUACAAAAGGACAGGCAAAUGGCUCACAAUUAUUUAUUCCAAAAUAAAUUAGGAAAUUUCUCGACAAUUUUGCAACAUACAUCAUUUUUCAGAAAAUAACAUACUUGAUUUGUUACAUCAUCUAUUCAGGGGUUACGAAACUCCGAUAAUUUAUUACAUUCCAUAACAUAAUGUUGUAAAGUAUGUUUCCGUAACUCACCACAUAAUUUACAUUUAGAGUUUUCAUCAUCAAUGUAUUCCCAAGAGUAUUUUUAUCCCAAACGUAACCUCAUUAUUAAAGUAUCUAGUUUAGACAAUGCCCUACCAUAUACAAUAUUGCUGUUUUCAGACACAAACAAAUAGUGUCUCAUACUGACACUACCAUUGUUUAAAUUUUCGAAUUUCAGCCGCUUCCCACAAAGACCUCUUGAUUUUUAGCCCUUUUUUUUUAUUCUACUCAGAGUCAUUGUGCCUUCUGUAUCAAUAUUAUUAUUGUUUGUAGCAUCCUUUGCCAAACUAUCAGCCAUCUCAUUCAAAUGAAUACCAACGUGAGAUGGUACCCAGAAAAACUUGACAAAAUACCCUUGAUCUUCUAUUGCAUAUAUAAGUUCUUUACACUUACUUACUAAUUCCGUGUCAACUGGAUAUCUAGAGUUAAGUGCAAGAAGAGCACUCUGGCAAUCAACGAAAACAAACACGUCUUCCAUCUUGUUUACUACUAAGGUUAACCCUUUAUGAAUGGCAUGUAAUUCAGCAGUAGUAGUAGAAGUUUUACCUUCUAUUCUUUUUGACAGCGUCUCGUCAGUACUCACAUCAUGUUCAUAAUAUUCCCUUAUAACCACCCCGCAUCCAACCUUGAUACCAUUCACUGAACCAUCACAGCACGUAUGUAUACUAUUAGCUUUAGGUAAUGUGUUGAUUUUGGACAGAAUAAUUGUUUCAAUUCGUAUGUGUUGCACUCACUUUUUUCACAGUCAAGUUUACAAAUACUUACAUUAAUUUUGUAACAACCACGGCUUCAUUGGAGCUACUUCUUGUAAUUUUACACAAAAUUUUACAAUAUCAUAUUUCAUCAGUAUAUUAUACAGUUUCUUAAAAUACAUGUUAUAUUUAACAGGGCAAACUCCAUUGCCUGAAUAACUGCCGACAGCCUCUUUAAGGUUCUUUCUCCCCUUCUCAUCAUACGAAGAGCAGCCAUAGCCGCCACCUCUUGUAUUCGGUCAACAACACACGGUAGAUUCAAUUCCAGUCUCAUGAUUUCAAUCCUAGUACUCAUGGAACAACCUAAAAUAACUCUCAUUGCCUUAUUCUGGAUUAUUUCAAGAGGUCUCAACUCUGUGUUCGAAUAAUUCACCAGCACAAGUGAUGCAUAGUCUAUAACUGAACGCACUGCACUGAUGUACAUCAUCCUUAAAACCGGAAUACCAGCACCGUUACCUCUAUUUGCCAACACCUGUAAAGGUCUCAUUCGAGCUAGACAAACAUUUUUCAAUUAAUUAAUUUCAUCCGAGCUUUUGUUAAAUCCAAUGUACAUACCUAGAUACUUAUAACUAUUUACUUUUUCCAAAGUUUUACCAUUUAUGGCAACCGUAUUACUAUUAACCAUCCUUGACUAGAAUUUGCUCUUUUCUUCAUUUAUCACCAAGCCCUUGUGCAUGCACAAAUUCUGUAAUUCUGCCAUAGCCCUUAUUAAAAUGGUUUCACUAACACACUGUAUCAAAAUAUCAUCAGCAUAAACAAUAAUCUCGGUACCAGCAGGAAAAUUAUGCCUCGCAAUUUUAUCCAUCAAAACAUUAAAAAGGGUAGGACUAAGAACACCACCUUGAGGAAUACCUAACUCCAUCAACAUACCCUCGGACUCAUAUCCUUGGAACCAAACUUUCGCUCUUCUUUCAGUUAAGUAACUCCUAAUCCACCUCAGUAAAAAUCCCCUGACACCUUUGUUGACAAGUUCUUCUAGAAUAACAUUACCGCAAGCUCUAUCAAAAGCUCCUUUUAAGUCAACAAAUGCUCUACAUUUAACAUUAGCAUUACUUAAGGCUUUAAUAACGCAGUCUGAAGUACUCUUCCCCUUUAUAAAACCAAACGCAUUCGGCGAUAAUUGGUCACCAAUCAUAUAAAUUAAUCUAUUUAAUACAAGACUCUCCAUUAAUUUACACAAACAAGAAGUAAGUGAAAUAGGCCUAUAUUCUCGUUGCCCUUCAGUAUAGGUACAACAAGAGCUAUUUUCCAUUUCUUAGGGAGCCUGCUAUUUUUACAUGAAAGAUUUAUUAGAUCUAACAAAGGACUAUCCUCCAUCAUAAUUAAACAGUUUAUAAUUUCGUACGUUAUUCCAUCCGCACCAGGUGCCCUUUUUACAAAACAACAAUUCGUCAUUUGUAAAUGGCAAACAAGUCUCACAAUUAAUAGCCUCUUGUAACACCACGAGUUGUGUUCGUUUAUACCGCCUGUUACGUAAGCAGGCCUGAACACUGUUUGGGAGACCACUGAUACUUGCAGCUUCCGACAAUUUCCUAACCAAUUCGAUCGCUUUCCCAUUCGGAUCAUGAUGAGCUAGUUUCCUUCCUUUUCUUUCUCACUUUAUUGACCAAAUUCCAUACAGACCCAAUCUCUUUGGUAAAUGAAAUUUCUUCCAAGAACUUAUCCCAAUAUUUGCUUUUGACCGUCCUUCUUACCUCUGCUGUCCCGUCUGGUAUCUGCAUCAUGGUCUCUCUACUCCGAUUAUCAUUUGGAUUCUUACUCCAAUUACGUUGAGAUUUUCGAAGCAGUUUAUUCCAACCCCGAACUAUUUUGUCAUUUGAAUAUACAGGCUUUUUAAAUUAAGAGAAGUCACUUUUUAUGGGAAUAUUUAAAAUACUAUCAAUGACAGUGUGCAAAUCUUCAUAGAAUAUGUUUUCAUCGUUUUGAUGACCAUUAACUUCCUUGUAAUGUGUGUACCACUCACCAACUUUAUUUAUGAACUCUAAUUUUCUAUCAGGUUUUAAAUGAUAGCACUUUCUUUUUUUACUGACAAACGUCUUCUUUAUGCUUAAAGAUACUUCUAUAGCAAACUGAUCACUAACAAGCUCACUAACAACUAACGCAUCAGCUGUACAUUCAAACAUAUUAAAAAGUACCGCAUAAUCAAUUCUGCCACCUCUCACGUGCGUUGGUGCACCAUUCCCCAACACUCUGACAUUUUCCAAUGAGUUAAGUAUGUUAUUUAACACAAAACCAUUUCUGUUUUGGCUACCACUGCCUCCCAAAUCAUGAUGGCGAGCAUUAAGAUCACCCACUAAUAAACAGUACUCAUUGAAAAUAACCUUAGGUAAAUUCUCAAGAUCCAAUUUAUCAGCAUGCACAUAAGCAUUGAUCAUAUAAAAUACAAUAUCCUUUAAAUAUAAUUUUACACAAACACUCAGAGCCGUUAAUUUCUGUCGCUUCAGAUAAAACAGCUGGUAUAUCAUUUUUCACAAAGGUAGUUAGACCCCUUAUAUUUUUCUCAAUAUCUGCCGGAUGUUCAAAUGAUUGAUAACCUGUUAAUUGGAAACCAGCCCCACUAACACUGGUUUCUUGCAAGUUAUUAACAUCGAAAUCAUGAGAAAGAACCCAAGCAUGAACGUCGGUUCCUCUUUUUUGAAGACUAUUUACAUUCCACGAUAGUGUUUUAAGACAAGACCCCUCCAUUUUGGUCAAUUUUCUUCCUCAUUUUUCUAGCAAAAGUAACCACAUUCAUUUUAAGAUCUUCAUCUGGCCGCUGCAUGUACUCUAGUACUGUAUCUAAUAAGGAAGCAAUACUAACAACUAAGUUGUCACAUCCUUUUCUUUCAUUUGAUAAAUCUGUCCUUAAUUCAUAAUUUCUGUCAUAAUUUUCACAUUAUCUGGCAGACAUAAUAUCAUCACAAGUAGCUCUAUCGACAGUUUGAACCUUCUUUUGAAUACUGACAUUAGAACCAGUACCUACAUCAUUCACUUCAGAAACAUUCUCUUCCAUUCCAAUAGAAACGACUCUACUAGUACCUUUUCAAGUUCUUCUAUUUCUAAACGAAGUGUUUGAAUAACACUAUCAUGUUCAUCACAAGCUAGACUAUGACUAGAGGUCUCCCCCUUUUGAAGUUGCCUUUCUUCUUCUCUUCGUUCCCAAUACGUUUGUAACUGGCAUAACAACCCCCUUUUCGUUCUUAUUCAGUGAUUGAGAAAGUAAAGUACUUAGAGUUUUAACACCAAUAACUGGCCUCUUUUUACACAACCAAGAACUAGCAUUGUGGUCACCUCCACAAUUGCAACAUUUUGGAACAAUUUUAACAUUAUUCUUUAUUUUAUCCAAACAUUCUUUUGAGUCAUGACUUUUGCUGCAAUAUCUACAUUUGAUGUUACUCUCACAUUUAUAUGCAAAAUGGCCCCAUUUGCUACAUUUAAAACAUAACAUAUGACUUUCCUUAAAAAAUAUCGACCCGUUUAUAUCCAAGACAGGGAACAAAUAUUUUCUCUGGAACCUCACCUUUUAUAAGUGCUAUCACCUGUGGUUUUAAACUAGUUUCACCUUUCUGCUCAUCUACCAAUAAAUCAUUUGGAUCCAUACAUAAAGGGUAACCAAACACAAUAACUUUAGUAUAUGUAAACUCGGUUAUAUAUACAUUAUAUUACAUGAAUCAUCAGAGGAACGAGACAACUUGGGAUAUUGUAACCAUAAUUACUACAAGUUAAGACGAGAGUUUGUGCUAAAUCACAAAUUCCUAUCAAGAAGAAAAUACCGUAAGAACCUUUGGUAGGAGGCCUCCAAAGUAAACGAUGUAUAUAAGGUGGGAUAAGAGUACGAUGAGAAAAAGAGAGUAUCACGAUAAUGAACCAAAAUGAAGACGUUUCAUAGUGGUGAGGUGAAAUGAUAUAUGGCAACUAGACGACACUGUUAUAGUACUUAUAGCAAUGCAUAUCGUUAUAAUUAAAUGCCCUAUUUAGACUUAUUAUGAUAAUUCUGCAUUCCAACUUAGGCAUAUAUUUUAUUUUACAAUAUGCAAUAUCAUGUAAAAUAUAUUCCUACAUAUGUCAAACAUAUAGGCAAUUUGGGAACACUCAAGUGUGCACAAUUGCUCAAGUCCACGUAUAUGUACAGUAUAUACAUGUAUUCUUGUAUAUCAUAUACAUAUACAUGCAGCUUUGACAUACCGAUGAAUACAGCAAUUAUUACCUCCGUAGAGAAGCUCAAGACACUCACUCUUGUACAAAUCCUAUCUGUGAUAUUUACACUAGAAUGUUGUGAAUAUGAAACCGGUGAUAAACACCCUAAAUGUAUAUUCACUAGUAUCUAACCUGUAUCAAAGUGAUAGGUGUUACCUGUGCCAUUAUGUAAACUAUAUUAAGAUUCAUUCCUAACACUUGUAAGUUGUAAUAUUUACCAAUAAAAACCAAAUGUCCAA